GUAAUAUUUCCUGCUUCAUCGUUAUUAUAAAUGUACUUGCUUUUCGUACGCUUUUGAUACAUUGAGUACACUGUUAGCUCUUGUAUGGACAUGAAGUCGACGUUUGCUCGAGAUCUAUGACUUUCGAAGUUUGCAAAUAGUUGAAUUUUGAAAUCAACUGUUCCUUGGUCAUAGAUUGGGGUGCAUUUGUGCAUUAUUGAGGUUUUAGGGAGGUCAAUUGGUUUAAUUAGAGCUAGGUAGAUUGGGGUGAUACAAAAUGGCAGAGGUGGAUUUUCAAAAUCCUCUUCUUGGCGAUACAACCUGUGGUUCGUUACUGCAUCAGUUGCAGAAAAUUUGGGAUGAGGUUGGUGAAAGUGACGAGGAAAGGGAUAAGAUGCUUCUUCAGCUAGAACAGGAGUGCUUGGAUGUGUACAAGAGGAAAGUUGACCAGGCUGCAAAGUCAAGGGCACACCUUCUUCAGGCACUGGCAGAUGCUAAACUUGAACUUUCAACCCUUCUUGCAUCCCUUGGAGAGAAAACGUUUGUUGGAAUCCCUGAGAAGACAUCAGGAACCAUUAAGGAACAACUUGCUGCUAUUGCACCUGCUCUAGAACAAUUGUGGAAGCAGAAGGAAGAGAGGAUAAAGGAUUUCUCAGAUGUACAAACACAAAUACAAAAAAUAUGCGGAGAAAUUGCAGGGAGUAGUAAUCAGCAGGCAGGAAGCCCAAAAGUUGACGAGUCUGACUUAUCCUUGAAGAAAUUGUCAGAAUUCCAUGACCAGUUAAAAGAGCUCCAGAAGGAGAAAAGUGAUAGAUUGCACAAGGUCCUGGAACUUGUGAGCACUGUACAUGACCUUUGUGCUGUCCUUGGGAUCGAUUUCUACAGUACAGUGACAGAGGUGCAUCCAAGCUUAGAUGAUGCAACUGGGGUGGGCUCCAAAAGCAUAAGCAAUGACACCCUAGCUAGGCUUGCUAAAACAGUUAUAGCUUUAAAAGAAGAUAAGAAGCAGAGGUUAAAGAAGCUUCAAGAGUUAGCAACUCAGCUAAUUGAUCUUUGGAAUUUGAUGGAUACGUCUGAAGAAGAGCGUAGUUUGUUCGAUCAUGUUACUUGUAACAUCUCAGCUUCAGUGGAUGAAGUAAAUGUCCCAGGGGCUCUUGCUCUUGAUUUGAUUGAACAGGCUGAGGUGGAAGUUGAAAGGCUAGAUAAGCUUAAAUUUAGCAGAAUGAAAGAGAUUGCAUUUAAGAGGCAAGGCGAGCUUGAAGAGAUUUUCGCACAUGCACACAUUGAGAUCGACUCACAAGCUGCUAGAGAGAAAAUUUUGUCGCUGAUUGAUUCUGGGAGUGUCGAGCCUUCUGAGUUGCUAGCAGACAUGGAUAAUCAAAUCAUAAAAGCCAAGGAAGAGGCAAUCAGUAGGAAAGAUAUAUUGGAUAAAGUUGAGAAGUGGAUGUCAGCAUGUGAAGAAGAAAGCUGGCUUGACGAUUACAAUAGGGAUGACAACAGAUAUAAUGCAAGCAGAGGUGCACACUUAAAUCUGAAGCGAGCAGAAAAGGCCAGAAUCUUGGUCAACAAAAUUCCGGGUCUUGUGGAGACUUUGGUGGUGAAAACCAGAGCAUGGGAAGAGGAACACGGACUUACAUUUGCAUAUGACGGUGUUCCACUGCUUGCGAUGUUAGACGAAUAUGCUUUACUCAGGCAUGACAGAGAAGAAGAGAAACGAAGAAUGAGGGACCAGAAGAAGUUUCAUGAACAGCUAAACACGGAACAAGAAGCAAUAUUCGGUUCAAGACCGAGCCCGGCGCGACCACUUAGCAGUACAAAGAAGGUGGUGGGACCACGUGUGAAUGGUAAUGGAACACCAAACAGAAGGCUGUCUUUGAACCAAAAUGGAGGUACUGCUAGGUCAGGCAAGAGAGACAGUGCCAGACCAAUUGCUCCUUUGAACUAUGUGGCCAUAUCAAAAGAGGAUGCUGCCUCACAUGUCUCGGGUACUGAGCCUGCCCCAGUUACACCUUAAGAGAACUUGACUUGAGUAAGUAUAAAAUGUUUCUUUAGGAUCCUACCUACCUACCUACUAUCAACUCUCUCUCUCUCUCUCUCUCUCUCUCUCUCUCUUGUGAUUGCAUGUUACUACUUACUAUAACCAGAUUCAUAAUAUGCGUCUUUCGAGACUGGGAGUGGAUAUGAGAGAGACUUUAGCUUAGCUUAACUUGUGUGCAUGAUAUAUGAUAUGAUAUAUUAGCAUCUAUUACUUACCUAACUGCUAUUUCCUAUUGGC